UUUAGAAAAAUGGCGUCGACAAUCAAAGCUCCAGUGUACUGUAUUUGUCGACAACCUUACGACGCUUCACAGUUUAUGAUAGAAUGUGACACGUGUCAAGACUGGUUCCAUGGGAGUUGUGUAGGCAUACGAGAAGACCAGUCAGCUGACAUAGAAGAGUACCACUGCCCCAACUGUGAACUGAAGCAAGGCCCACUUAUAUUGAAAAAGAGAAGAAACUGGCACCGACAUGAUUACACGGAAGACAGCAACUUCAGUAAGGCCGUGCAGUCUGGCACCCUGGUAUUCAUCAAGAGUCUCAAGAACAGGACCUUCAGCGAGGGCGAUGACAUCCUGCUCCGACUGAACGGCUCGGAGCUGACGGUGCCCUACCUGGAGAGGAACGGAUUCACCCAGCCCAUCCUGGUAGAGAGCAAGGAGGGCCUUGGCCUGCAGGUGCCCCCGCAGACAUUCACAGUGUCUGACGUGGAAAGAUAUGUCGGUUCAAUGAGAGACAUUGACGCCAUCGACGUCCCCCGCCAGAACGAGUGCAAGAUGCCCAUGCGGCAGUGGGUGGACUACUACAACAGUCCCAACAGGGACAAGGUGCUCAACGUCAUCAGCCUGGAGUUCUCCGGCACCAAACUUUCCAACCUGGUCCAGGCCCCGAAGGUGGUCCGUGAGAUAAGCUGGGUGGAGAACAUCUGGCCGGACCAGCUGCCCGAAGAUUGCCACUACGGCAAGCCGGAGGUCUCCAAAUACUGCUUGAUGGGCGUCAAGGACAGCUACACAGACUUCCACGUGGACUUCGGGGGAACGUCUGUCUGGUAUCAUGUAUUGAGGGGAGAGAAAGUCUUCUUCAUGAUCAGGCCGACGCCAGAGAACCUCCAGCGAUACGAAGAGUGGAACUCGUCACCGCACCAGAGCGAGAUCUUCCUCGGGGACCGUGUGGACUACUGCUACAAGUGUGUGGUCAAGCAGGGGCAUACACUGUUCAUACCCACAGGUUGGAUUCACGCAGUAUUAACGCCGGUUGACUCGCUGGUAUUUGGGGGCAACUUUCUUCACAGUUUCAAUAUUCCUGUACAAAUUCAGAUUUAUAAUCUCGAAAGAAGGUUAAAAACGCCACCACGAUUCCAGUUUCCUUGGUUCGAGACGACGAUGUGGUUUGGUGCAAAACACCUCUAUGAAGUCUUCAGAGAUUACAAUGAGGAUUCUAAGAAGCCCCCUCCCUACCUCAUACUCGGUGCUAAAGCUUUGAGUGAAGCGCUCAAGAAUUGGACACGGAAGAGAGAGCAACGGAAAAUUAAAAUUGAGACUCCUAACCUGAAGCAACAUCAGCAAGAGAUACCGUUGAGUAUACAGCACUCGCAGCUCCUGAAGGACCUCAACAAGGAGAUUAAACUUGCUGAGAAACCCUCCAUGAAUAAACUGAAAAACAAAGGCAAGCACAAGAAGAACAAGAAAGGCAAGAAGAGCAAAGAUGUGAAAACGUCCAAAAAGAACUCCACCGGGAAGAGAGCCGGUGGCCCCCGAUCCACCAAGGACAAGGACAAGAAGAGGAAAGUCAGCGGCACCGCCGGCUCCUCCGCCAGCGCCAAGAAGGAGGCCAACGGCAAAGCCAAGAAGGCCAAGAAGAAGAAGAAGAAAGACGGGGGCGAUGCCGGUGGCUCAGCGGAAGGGGAGGGGUGGGGAAAAUCGGCAGGGGGCCUGCUGGAGGGGCGAAGCCCGAGCAAAGUCGGACAUCGCCUGCCAGAUCUGAUCACGCAUCCACUGCUGAAAAAGCAGCCCUACCAUGCAGAGGCCAGCAACCACAAGCCGAACCUCAAGAUGGUGUUCCCCAGAAAGGGUCCCGGCGAAAUGUCGGGCACGGAAAGCGAAGACGAGAAAAGCAGAGGAGUUUCCAAGGGCUUGAAACUCGUUCUGUCCAACGGCAAGAUCAUCAGUAGGGGAGGAUCGCCUGUCAAACAGAGCAACAUGUCGGACGGCUUCCAGCCUCUCUUUGGGAGCACCAACAGCGGCCCGAGGCACUCGUCGAGCCAGGACACUGCCAGCGAGAGCGAGGAUGUCAUUGUGGACGAUGACGGGGAUGACAAUGACACUUCAAUGUCCAGAGACAGCCAGCGCAGAGCCUCCCAGAGCCUGGUGAUGAGAAGCAGGGAGAUGCUGGCUUCCAAGGCUCCGCUGAAACUCAAGCUGUCCUUCAACGGCAAGCCAGUGCUGCCCAUCGGUUCAUCGUCAUCCCAGGAUAGUUCCCAAGAAUCCAGCGGGCUGAAUACAUCGCUGAGUGGUAGAGGCACCAGGUCAGACUCUGACUCAGACUCGGAAGAUGGGGAUGUCCUGCCAUCCGACAGAAGUCCUCGACAAUCCUCACCAUACAACAACGUGGAUGCCUUAUUGCAGGCCAGCCAGUGGGACCAAUCCAGACCGUUGCCGAGUAUCAGCCUGGCCGACAUAGAAGCUGAACUCAAACACCAGCCAGCAUCGCCUGGGACCCAGGAUGCCAUCCAGGGGAUGCUGUCCAUCGCCAUGCCAACCCCGAGUCUUGCCCCUAACCGCCAGUCCUCCCUGGGCUCCUCCUUGUCCUCUGCCUCACCCCACAGCAGCCCUUUCCUCCUGCCAGGCCAGAAGAGGAAGUGGGAGAACUCCUCGUCUGCGGGAGACACGGAGGAGGACCUGCCCAACUGUUUCCAGGAUUCCAAAUAUGUUUACCCCUCCUUGGAUGAUGACGGGGAUGGACCGCUCUUCAAAUCCCGCAGCAAGAAUCCCAAGAAGGUGCCCAAGGAUGCCCCCUGGAACCCCAAGGCCAAAGUGUGCAGCCUGACGCCCCGGGCCAGGGUGCCGUCCAGGGACAGCGCCAGGAGGCCCCACAUCGAGACAGGGCUAGCCGAAGCAGCGGCCAGGCUGGCUACCAAGCCACGGCCCAAGAGGCAGUACAUCCGACGGAAGCCGCCAGCACCCGUCCAGCCUAAGGUGCCAGACCCUUACGACUUUGACGACGAUGGCGAGGACGAGCCCUCCACCAGCAGCUCGCUGCUGUCGCAGUCCCUGGGCCCGCUGCACAUGAGCGGCCCCGACCUCAGGCUGGAUCUGACCCAGAGCGCGCCCAGCUCAGUUCUGAGCAACUCCCCACGGGCGAUGGACGGUGUUGCAAAAGGACUGAAAAGACCCAAGAAAGGAAUGGCCACUGCCAAACAACGACUCAGCAAAAUCCUGAAACUGAAGAAAGGAGGCCGGCUGAUCAUGUGACCCUUGACAUCAUCCAAUUUCACCCCUGACCUGAAUGUGUUGUCUGCUCUUUGUCUUAUCUAUUUGUCUCAAAAUAUUUGUAUCACCACUCCCAAAGUUGUUUUUAUACUGUUUGCGUGAAAAUGUUCAUGUUUUCGUCAGCACAGAGAAAUGUUUUUAAGCAUUUCUGAUUGAUUUCUUCCAAUUUUUUUUUGAACUGGUCACCCAGACAUUUGUUUAAAUUUUUAAAUUUCCAAUUUUGCUUCCUCACAUAAGUUAAUUGCAAUUCAAAUCCAUAUUAUAUUCAUAACCAAGUUUUGAAAAUUGAAUUAAGGUGACAGUUACCUCUUUGGAAGAAAAUAUUCGCUGAAAUGCGAUAAACCUUGCGGUUUUAAGUUGGCACCUGCUUGUUUAGAAUUGCAGUGCUUAAUUUGUCCUCUUGAAGUUUAUUUACCGAUGAAGGUCAAUUUUGCUUUGCAAGUAAGAGUUGCAUGUGAAACUUUCUUAUGUUUUGGAGGGAGCAGGGGUUAACCACAGCCCUUUUGGGGGGGUUGGGGUCUAACAAAACUAGCAGGCCGCUUUCUUGGAUCUUGCAGUCACACAGUCGGCCACACCAUGGAGGGGUGCAUCAGUGGUAGUUGCUGCCCUAAAAAUUGUUGUUCCGCAUAAAAAGUCUAUACAUCACCUUACGCCCGACGUUUUUACAGUGUAGUGUUGUGUUGGGUUCAUUGUGUGAGGAAGGUCAAACUGAUCUAAAUGUUGGCAAGUGCAUCUGCUUCUAGCCAAGGUAUGAGUCCUUGUUGGAAUCAACUUGCUGUGACUGGCCCAGAGGAUAGACAGAUGUCUGCAGGAUGGGCUUGCUGCCACUUCCAGUGGCUUCCAUACGCAUGUAUUUUAUUUCAAGCCAUAGCCAUAACAUUUAGGCACAACCUUAGGCUCAGUCUGCUACUGUAGACCUUUGACUGUUUGUGGGAUUUCACACGCCUUUACAUUACAUACCUAGUGUGGAUAUUCCUUUCUUCUCCAGUAAAGAAAGCCCAGUGAAUUUGCUUUUUUGUCUCAAACUGCAAAUUUCUAUUUUGAGCUGGAUUUUGGUUGGUUUUCUUAACUGUUCCUCUUCCUCUUGCUACAAAUAACCCUGACGUCAAAAUGUCCUCUUAACUUGAUUUUGAGCAAGGGGAAACCAUGUGUGGACCUGGCUUAGGUCUGCACAACCUGCAUUAUGUGGACCCGUUUUGUUGUCAGGUCCACUCAACGAUGGCCAGGUUGGCUCACAUUCUGUUGGCAAGGCAGCUGCUGACGCAGUAAAAUCAUUUUUCAUUAACUGGCAAAGUUCAAUCAAUGACUUGAGUAAUGUAUGUGAAAAAUUUCUUAGAGGCCAACACUAGUAAUUUUCCUCGUCCUUUGUGCUGCCCUUGUUAAGUGUAUUCUCUCGGGGGGGGGCCAAGUAAUGGGUACCAGUCAAAUAUCCUUUUGAAAUACUUUGUAAAUACAUAGGCCUCGGCGGCGUCCUAAAUUAUUUUACAAAGGGACAAUUGGUUGUCCAAACUUUAGACUUCGAUAUUUAUAUGUUUUUUUUUUAUACUGGAAAUUUACUGUAAAAUUUUGUACAUUGUGUAUAUUGACAAAGCUCGGAAUUGAAACAAAAGGGAUUUUUUUGGGAUGGGAUUGGUAUUGAGAGAAGUGUAUUGGCAGACCCAAUCUUUAUUUUAAAGGACUCCUUUGAGGCUGGCAGAAAGGUAUUUUGAGCUGCUCCUACCAGGCACAAUGCGAACUGAUAAUUCACUUUACAGAUUCACUGUUUACUCUGUAAAGGGAGAAAUGGCCCUGUUUGUACAUGUACAAAUUACGAGUCAUUGGAAUUUUUUUUUUACUGUACCGUUUCCAAAUCUUGGCCGAUUCCUAAAGCACUCUGAAUAAAAGCAAAAACUGAAAAUCGGAGAGAAGUAGGAUUUGGGGAAGCGUUUGCCGGUUUUCCGCGCCAAGAAUGGGUCAAACAUUACUGCCUGCCUGAUGCGAGUAUCCUCUGUGUUAUGUGACCAUGAAUGUUUCGUGAAUGUUGUAUAGUUUUUUAAUGCCCCGUGUUAUGUGUCACUUGCUAUAUUUCUGCAUCAUUUCUGUCAUCUUUGCGUUAACCUGUACAUGUAGACUGAGGAGACGCCAUUGUUGCUGUAGCACUACACCCGCGCGUUCUCAAGCUUGACGCGCGCGUACGUUUGGCGAAUCAUGACACCCUAUUGGUCGAAUGAGCAUGUGACGUGCGCGUACCACCUUUCCCCAAGCGUUGUGCCAUCGCAGUAAUGGCUUCUCAGUCUGGUUGCCGAAUUACGUAACAGUUUAAUAUGCCUGCCCAUUGAAUCACUGUAAAUUGUAUAUAACUUAUUUCAGUUUAGCCUUAUCAUCGUGGGUUUUUUGCAUGUUGAUAACUCAGGGGGCUUUAACUUUUGUAAUUUCAAAUUUAUCUCAGAUACCAUCCCUGAAUUUUAUUCGCUAUUUCUGCAUAAAAGUAGGUUCAUCUGGCACACAUCUUUUUAUACGUGGUGUUUUGAUGAGACGUUACAUACAUGUACACAUCCCGUCUUCAGCCGUAUCUCCUGAACGUUUAACUACGGACGUUUAAAAUAUGCAUUCCCCACACAGCCAGCAUUAAAAAAAAAUUACGACACACAAUCCCUCCCACAUAGAAUACUUUCUCCGACCGUGUUUUUAAGGCACCAUAUCGCGGCCUUUUCCAUAAAUGUAAAAAUCAAUGAUCGACUUGCCUGACAUUUUUAAGAUUUUUGAUUAUUUCAUGAACAAACAGAAGAAAGGUAAUAACUUUUAUCGACCCCAGAUUUGCUUUCGGUUGUCAUCAGUUUUGGGCCUACAAGUUUUGAAAAAAAAUGGACAUAAUUGAAGUGUACAUUGUGUAUAUUAAUUAGUAGAAUAAAAUAUUGAGCGGCACUGCAACUGAGCACAUUUUGUAAAGUGGUUGAAAUUAAAUUCAAACCAUUGAUGAAAACAUGA